UCUCUCUGUGCUCUCUCUCUGCGCUCUCUUCUCUCUGUGCUCUCUCUCUGCGCUCUCUCUGCGCGCUCUCUCUCUGCGCUCUCUUCUCUCUCCGCUACCGAAGACGUCUUCCCAGGGAGCGAUCCUGCGCCCCGGCCCCAUGACGGACCCAUCCCGCGGUGAAGGAGCUGCUGCCGUGGCGGACGGCCACGGCACCGCGGGGAUGGACGCCUCUGGCGGACGCAAGGUCGUGCGCAGGGUCGUGCGCAGGGUGGUGGAGACCUCUCCGCUCCUGCACUCCCCCUCCACCUGGAUGCUCGCGUUCGCUCUGCUCCUCACCUGGGGGGCCGUCGCCGUCGUCAUGUUCGACGUCGUGGACCUGAAAGUGUACCUGGGCCAGGCGCUGGAUCCGGACGAGGAGAACGAUGGCACAGACGAGGAGACGGCCUCCCUGAGAGAGGCCGCCGCGUCCGCCGCCGCCGCCGCCGCCGCCGCCACGGACGAGCACGAGUCGGGGAAGAAGACGAAGAAGACGAAGAAGACGACGAGCGCCGCGGAAAAGAAAGCGGACGCGGCCAAGGGCACCGGGAAGAAGAACGAGGCAGUGGCGGGGUCAGGGGUCAAGGGCGAAAAGCAGGGCACGGGCGAGGAACUCGACUCGGGGGGCAGGAAGAAGAAGAAGAGCAACAACGACAGGGGCGAGCGAGAAGAGGGCGAGGCGAACGAGGGAGCGAAGAGGAGGAGGGGGGGCUGACGCGCGGCCUCCGUGCGGGGAUCGAACCUGAGCUCUCCGGGUGGCGGAAGCCGAUUCUGAACCGCCCCCCACCCCCACCACGCACCCGUCCCCUCCGACCCCCCCCCCCCGCCGCCGCUUUCGGUUUCGGGUUGUCACGGACCGACCUCGCGGACGCGUGACCACCGUCGCGGGCGUCCGAUCGGUCGGAGGGCCCCGUAACCGCGCGGGUGGCACUGCUGUGUGUGUGUGUGGGGGGGGGGGGUCGGACGGAGCGGCUUUUGCGGAUAUAAAAUUGCGAGCGAGCCACUCCGUGGUUUA